UGCCGGAAAUUCGGUGUGGUGGGGGGACUCCAGCUGGAGCCUGUUGCCACUCUGUGUUUUAAAAGCAUGCAAGGUCUGUAUAGCUUGGGCAUGAGAAUCUUGCGGAUGUCAGAGCAUCAGAGUAAAUGACAUCUAUCUGGGAGCUGAACUGGGGGUAAGGAGAACAGAGAGAAAGGAAAGCCGACCGAGUAAGAAAUUCUUAGACAACGUCUGCCUUGCAGCUGUGCAAUUCAUUUUCUUGCCAAGGCAAUAUAUUAAAAGGUCACACACGCUUUUGAUAAGAAAUUAGAGGGGAAUCUACAGUGAGACAAUCGAUAGCUUAGUCAUUUUACUUAAAGAGCGCAGACAGCCUUAUUGUGGGGUUAGGCGGCAGAUGAAUUUCAUCACGACAGCGCCUUCUGAAGUCAUGAUGGGAGCCGGCACUAACCCUGUCCUGCAAAGCAGAAAUUGCUCAUUGCCUUCCUACUUGAGCAUUCAAAACCAGCGAUUCUGAGAUCUGGAGAAGAAGUUGACUUGCGCUCUACGUGGUGUCUAGUCCCUCUGCCCAGGUCUUUGUUGGACAAUUCUCAGACUCAGACGGUAGCACUGCGUUAAAGUGACCACACAGGAAUAUGUGUCUAAGAAAGAAGAAAAAGCAGUAUUCCUCCCUAAAGGACAGCAUGGCAAAGCAGCGUGAAGUUUUCCAUUGCCCUCCUAACACUUCUUUAACAAGGAUAACAAGAAACUGUCUUUUGACUCCUUUUUGUCCACAUUCCAUAGUCCUUUCUGCGAGGAUGCAUUAAUUCAUAUUGGAGGCAGUUGGAUUUCGGCAAGACAAUACUCGCCAUCAUUUAGGAUUAGCAGUUGGACUGGUUAUUUUAGUGUGUUGACUAGUGGAAGCUACAUGGAUGGACUCCUACCUGCAGUACUCUGUGAUGUUUCUUUCUUUCAAUCCUGGAAGGGCUUUUCUGGUUUUUGCUGUUUGUGUUUUUUUUUUUUUUUGGGGGGGGGGGUCGAUUUUGGGGAGAAUUCAUUACUUGUUGCCAUAAUUGUCCAUGAUCGAUGCUCAAGCCAGAGGGUUGGGACUCAUCUGUGAAAAUCACUACAUGUAACAUAGGAGACAAGGAAAAUAUUCAUGACGUCCACUCUGCCAACAUGAUGCACGUGAACUCCUUCCCCUUUAGAAGGCAUUCCUGGAUAUGUUUCGAUGUGGACAAUGGCACAUCAGCGGGACGGAGUCCCUUGGAUCCCAUGACCAGCCCAGGAUCUGGGCUAAUUCUCCAAGCAAACUUUGUCCACAGUCAACGCCGGGAAUCCUUCUUGUAUCGAUCUGACAGUGAUUAUGACCUCUCUCCAAAGUCUAUGUCCAGGAACUCCUCAAUUGCCAGCGAUAUACAUGGAGAUGACUUGAUUGUGACUCCAUUUGCUCAGGUCUUGGCCAGCCUGCGAACCGUCCGAAACAACUUUGCUGCAUUAACUAAUUUGCAAGAACGAGCACCCAGCAAACGAUCACCCAUGUGCAAUCAACCAUCCAUCAACAAAGCCACCAUCACAGAGGAGGCCUACCAGAAACUGGCCAGCGAGACCCUGGAGGAGCUGGACUGGUGUCUGGACCAGCUAGAGACCCUGCAGACCAGGCACUCCGUCAGUGAGAUGGCCUCCAACAAGUUUAAAAGGAUGCUGAAUCGGGAGCUCACCCAUCUCUCCGAAAUGAGUCGGUCAGGGAACCAGGUGUCGGAGUACAUAUCGAACACAUUCUUAGAUAAGCAACAUGAAGUGGAAAUUCCCUCUCCGACUCAGAAGGAAAAGGAGAAAAAGAAAAGGCCGAUGUCUCAGAUCAGUGGGGUCAAGAAGUUGAUGCACAGCUCCAGCCUAACCAAUUCAUGCAUCCCAAGGUUUGGGGUUAAAACGGAACAGGAGGAUGUCCUGGCCAAGGAACUAGAAGACGUGAACAAGUGGGGUCUCCAUGUCUUCAGAAUAGCAGAGCUGUCUGGAAACCGGCCCCUGACUGUUAUCAUGCACACCAUCUUUCAGGAACGGGAUUUAUUGAAAACAUUUAAAAUUCCAGUAGACACUUUAAUUACGUAUCUGAUGACUCUGGAGGACCAUUACCAUGCCGACGUGGCCUAUCACAACAACAUCCAUGCUGCAGAUGUCGUCCAGUCCACGCAUGUGCUCUUGUCCACCCCUGCGCUGGAGGCGGUGUUCACAGACUUGGAGAUUCUCGCGGCCAUUUUCGCCAGUGCAAUACAUGACGUGGAUCAUCCCGGUGUGUCAAAUCAGUUUCUGAUCAAUACAAACUCAGAACUUGCCUUGAUGUACAACGACUCCUCCGUCCUCGAGAACCAUCACUUGGCUGUGGGUUUCAAGUUGCUCCAAGAAGAAAACUGUGACAUUUUCCAGAAUCUGACCAAAAAGCAAAGACAAUCUUUAAGGAAAAUGGUCAUUGACAUUGUACUUGCGACAGACAUGUCAAAGCACAUGAACCUGCUGGCUGAUUUGAAGACGAUGGUGGAAACGAAGAAGGUGACAAGUUCUGGUGUCCUCCUCCUCGACAACUAUUCUGACAGGAUCCAGGUCCUGCAGAACAUGGUGCACUGUGCAGAUCUGAGCAACCCCACGAAGCCGCUCCAGCUGUACCGCCAGUGGACAGACCGGAUAAUGGAGGAGUUCUUCCGCCAGGGGGACCGGGAGCGGGAACGUGGCAUGGAGAUCAGUCCCAUGUGUGACAAGCACAAUGCCUCUGUGGAAAAAUCACAGGUGGGCUUCAUAGACUAUAUUGUUCAUCCACUCUGGGAGACAUGGGCAGACCUCGUACACCCUGAUGCCCAGGACAUUUUGGACACUUUGGAGGACAAUCGUGAGUGGUACCAGAGCACAAUCCCCCAGAGCCCCUCCCCUGCACCCGACGACCAAGAGGAGGGCCGGCAGGGCCAAACUGAAAAAUUCCAGUUUGAACUAACUUUGGAGGAAGACGGCGAGUCAGACACUGAGAAGGACAGCGGAAGUCAAGUGGAGGAAGACACUAGCUGCAGUGACUCCAAGACGCUGUGCACUCAAGACUCGGAGUCCACGGAAAUUCCCCUGGAUGAGCAGGUCGAAGAGGAGGCUGUAGCAGAAGAGGAGGCAAGCCAGCCCGAAACUUGUGCCAUAGACGAUGGCUGUCCUGACACGUAACAGUGUAAAGACUGUCUCACUUUUUUUUUUUUUUAAGUAGAAAAAUUGUUUCCAAAGUGCAUGUCACAUGCCACAACCAUGGUCACACCUCACUAUCAUCUGCCAGGACGUUUGUUGAACAAAACUGACCUUGAACUACUCAGUCUGGCGCUCAGGAAUACCGCAACCAGUUCUUUCACCUCCAUGUCAUCGGAGCAAGGGGGAACCUUCGUCACGAACAUGAUUUUGACGUGAUUCUCAGCUUGGCGGAGCUGACAGAGCGGGGAAAAUCAACUCCAACUGUGUUUGAGGGAGCUUGGCUCAUCGGGCUGCCCCAAAGUAGAUGUAGAUGGCAGGAUUUCUUCCUGGUUUGUUUGCAGAAAUUUUAAAGAAGGAAGGCACUUGAGGGACGGAGUGAACUCGCAGAUGAAGCAAUGAAAGUGUCAUGAACAGGAGGAGGAUGAGCCGCAGAAAUUGCAUAAUUUUCUAAUUUCAAGUCUUCCUGAUACAUGACUGAACAGUGUGGUUCAGUGAGCCACACUCACCUCUACAUUUUGUAUGAUAUGUAAAACAGAUUUUUUGUAGAGCUUACUUUUAUUAUUAAAUGUAUUGAGGUAUUAUAUUUAAAAAAAAAACUGUUCAGAACUUCAUCCGCCACUGGUUAUUUUUUUCUAAGGAGUAACUUGCAAGUUUUCAGUACAGAUCAGUGCUACUACACUGGAUAAAUCUCAUUUACAAAUUUUACUUGCACCUUAGAGUUCAUAGCAAUUAACUGAUUUGUAGUGAUCUCUUGUUUUAUAUACCAAUGACUUCCAUACCUUAAAACAGAGAAACAACUUUCUGUUGCUGGAAACCCUUUUUGUAAGUGUCGGUUGACUCCCGUCUCUUAUUUCAGUCCUUCCCCCAACCAGGAGAAUUGCUCUCCAUCACAUCCGUGGUGUGCGAAGUGAGUAUUUAUUCUGUAAUCCUUUCUGUGCAUUCUGUCAAAUGUGUCUUAAGCCUCCUGGAAGCUCAGUCCUCAGUUGGUGUUGUCCGAAGUCAAUGGGCGAUAUAGAAAUACCCAGUAGCUGAGAGUCGGUCUGUUUCAGGCAUCUUCCUACCUACUGCCUUCUGAUGCCUUUUUUCUUUUUCUGUGUCCCUUACAGUCACGACACAUUCGCCCAUCAGUUUUACUGUUGCUCACAGACGGGUACAAUAAGAGAGACAUUUGUCCUUCACUGUACUGUCUAAUGUGUGUUCCAGCCUCUGCCCGUGUUCUAGGUGGGGUCUUGUCAAGAGUGUCAGUGUCGUUAGGGUUGACAUUCCUUUCUGCCACAUAAGGUUCUGUGUCAUCACUAGCUUUUCCCUCUGGGGUUGCGGAGGGAAACACGCUAAGUUUGCAUUCGCAGUUCUGAAGAAUGCUAGCAGACUCUCUCAGCCAGGACCGGGACAACUGUGGUUUGAACUGCCCAUGGACAUAAGACCUCCAUGAGGAAUGUCCCUGGAAAGUCACUCUACGGGUAGCAGCUCCUCUCCCAGAAAAUCGCCAUCAUUAUAAUUGCUCCAUAAGCUUGCCCUAUAGGAAGGACUACUUCAGACACACAAAAUUGAUGGUGCCACUGGCACCAGGGCGGGGUAGUUAUGCAAUGCAAUCUAAAACCUCGGAUUGACAGACUCUGUCUCAAUACAAUAUUAAGAGGGAAUUCCAGAUUUCAGCCCCAGGAACCCUAUUGAUUUUUAUAUAUUAACUCCCAGUGUUAACUUGCGGAUUGUAGUCCGCCUCAGGCAGCACAUGUAUAGUCUGAGCCUUAGGUGGAUCCUCGGAGUUUGGAGCCCAUGUUAAUUUUUUAUUUUUGGCACCCAACCAAAUGGGGAGUAAAAGGGAGGAUGGUAUAUAACUAAAUGAAAAAUCAUAAGUCUGAAAAAACAUACCUAAAACUUCUCAAGGAAGUUGUGGGCUAGUCACUGAGAAAAAUAAGUCGUCAGCCAGGGAAAUCACUCAAGCUGAACCGAAACCCUGCUUCAAUCUCUUUGGUCCCGAGGAUGCUUAGAACCUUUGCUACAAAAAAGGUUUCUGAUCUUUACCAUAGGGCAGGAUAAGAAUCAAAUAACUGACCGCUGGAGUGCCAGCUUCCUUUCCUUGUAAAGAGCAAACGGAACAUAAUCUGCCUCGUGUGACCAGACUUUUCACAAGACAUUUGGGCACCUGUUUCUCUUUUCAUUUUAUGUGUCCCUGAAGGGGCUCCCGAAGGAAGGGCAGAGUCUAGAGUUGAUUUCCCCCUUCCUAAAUCAUUCUUACUUCUUCCCCUCCCUCCACGUGGCAUUUCCCCCACAGAGUGCCUGCAGUCUUCACAAUGAAAAAAAGAACAGCAAUAUGUCAUAAACAGAUCCAUACCUGCCAGGGCUGGUAACCGCACUAACGGAGCUGCGUUG